AUGAAGCGAUUGCGUGCGCAAUAUAUCCGGGUGGAUCCGGAUACAAUCCUUUCUGACCGUGCAUGGGGCCAGAGACUGCUCAACCGUGCCUCUCUGGCCAAGAGAGAGAGGCUGGACGUCUUCUACAGCGCCGGAGGUGUUUACUCUUCGAAGGCCAUCGAAGCAGCGCUCCGGCAUAGAUGCAGUGAGGUGCAUUUGGACGAGAGAAGGUUGCCGACACCUACUUCGACUUCGUCCUCCGCAGCUUCCAGUUCAACUUUCCGACCUCGGUCUGCCAAGGGCCACUUCAAGCCAAGGACCGCCAUGGGCAAGAAGAACGCCGUCCACCUUGCCAACGACGUUCCCAUGGAGGAGGACGAGGAAGACUUGGAGCAGGAGUGCUUUGACGAGCAGGAGGGUGAAGACGUGACGGGCGACGUCGGUGGCCACGAGUCUGGCGACGAGGAGAUGGUGGACGAAGACGGUGGCCAUGGCACGGAGGAUGAGGAGGCUGAUGUUAUGGAGGCUUUCGCAGCCGGCUGGAAGGCGAAGGCAAGGACAGCUGGCGGACGAAAAGCACGUGGCUGGAAGACAACCUCGUCUACGUCAUCCAGUGUGACCCGGUCUUCCACCUCGACGGUGCGGAGCCUGGCAGACAAGAAGAAGGUGAGUACAUGUUCCUCUUGUGGGCUUCGGGGUCAUUGGAAGGGCGAUGCUGAGUGUAUCAAUGUCCAGAAUGGCAAGGACAAGCCUCACUCCAAGACGAACGAGGUCCAUGUGGUCAACUACACUUUUAUGGUGGGAAGCGCCGGCGUACCGCCACCUUCGUGCCCAAGCUGUGGGGUCUCUGUGACGGUGGAUCACAAGUUCUGCCCUGAAUGCGGGACAAAGCUGCAGACAAAGCGGGGUUGGCUGGUGGUGGACUCUUCGGGCAAGAAGGGCGCAGAGGCCGUGUCAUCCACAGAUGAGGAGCCAAGGACCCGGCCCAUGCGUGACGUUCGUGUGCCAAAGGCUGACCUUGGAAGGACAUCCAAGCCGGACCACAAGGUGAAGCUCAAGCCAAUGGAGGCCAUGGCGGCUUUGGGGGGUAUGUCAAAGACGGAGAAGAAGAGUCUUCGUUAUCUUCUGCAAGCAGAAGAAGAGGAGGAUGACUUUCAACGUGCUCAACUUCCUGUUCCUCCUUCAGGGUAUCCGCGUCCAGCAAGCAAUGCAGCAACCUCCUCGACGGCACCGAUGCCAUCCUCGACGGCGCCAUGGCCAAGGCCAGACCCUCCAAUGACGAUGCCACCUCCUUCAACGACGCCAUGGCCUUCCUCUACGACGCCAGUGGCGGGUGUUGUGCCUCAGCCUUCCUUGGAAGCACCCACCAAGAAGGACGCCAAGGGAAGGGAUAAAGCCACGGCGGUAAAAAAACGGGAGUUGGAGGAGUUCAAGCUUGAACUUUGGCGCCAGUCGUGGAAUGGAUCCCGAACUAUUCCCUCUUCGGCAGCACCUGUCCCAAAUGAGUUCCAAGCCCGAUGUCCCCAUCGCUUUGAGGAUCUCCUUUGGUCUAGCAACCAGCAUGGACAUUGGGCACGGUGCAAAAGGUGCGACCUUAAGCAUAUCCUCUACCACUCCGAGCGCCACGGCAUCCUGGUGACGUCGCAUUCCUCAACGACACCCUCGACCUGUGCAACGGCGAGUUCGGAGGCCUUUGUAGCUGCUCCUCAUGUACCCCCCGGGCAAGUAAUUCUGGACUCUGGUUGCAGAACGGCGGUGGCUGGACAGUUUUGGCAUGAAGCCUUUCAGGCCAAGCUCGAGCAGAUGGGUGUCCCGUGGUGGCAGGUGGAGGAAAACGAGACUUUCCAGUUUGGAAGUGGCGUUCCGGAGGUGAGUCGCGUGGCCUUCCUGUACCCUGCCGGUCUUGGUGGGGAGACUGUGGACGUGGUUCGGAUCAGUCAAGUCAAGGGAGAUGCGAAGGCGUGCCCUGGAUUGGUCGGACCCUCGGAGUUGGCUCGCUGGCAGGUGGUCUUCAACUUUGCGGACAAGACGGUGCAGAUCCUUGGCAAAAGGACGGUCAUGUGCUUGACUUCAACACGGCACCCGGCUUUGUUGCUGACCGACUACCCUCCUGGAUUUCCCCCGAGCAAGCCUUGCCUGGAGGAAAAGCUUGGGGAGAAAAUCAGGUUGCUCCGGGAUAGCCCUCAGUCUUUGGCCUUUGUCAGUGAGUCUUCUGUGCCCGAACUCGAGGAUGAGGCCUAUGAUGGCGACACUUCUGAGGACGCUGGCGACGACGAGGGCAAUGUGGAUUUCUUCGGCGACUUCGGCACCGAGCUGCGAAGGAAGAAGAGUCAAGAAUGGAUGGGUUUGCUCCAGUCUGACCUUGGAGUCCAGGUGAUAUCGGAAUUGCCGGAUGCCGAGCACACCGCCUCCGAGAAUGAGUCCUGUGCCUCCUCCGACACGGAGCUUCGUGAGGAUAACGACAACGUCUCCAUCACGAGCCACGAGUUCGGAGUAGAGUUCCUCGAUGAGUCUGACGACGACGGGAAUGAAGCCGAGAACCCAGGCUAUGACCUGGACACUGCUGAGCCAGAUGUGGAAGGAAGGCCAUGUUCGUUCCACAAGUCCCUCCGUCGGAGGGUUGGACACGCGUGCCAUUCGCUUUCCAUGUUUGCCAAGGCCAUGCUUACAGAGACCUCGUUGACGACGGCUUUGCCCAGAACCACCACGACUUCUACGACCACGCCUUCUUGUACGCCAAUGCUAUCCUCGACUUCGUCGAUGGCGUUUUCGGCUACCAAGCUUAAGAGACGACCUGGUCCGUGGCGGAUCGUGGAGAUUUUUACAUGGUCAAUGGCCCUCUCCUUUGCAGCUUCCCGCCGUGGCUGGGAAGUGGGUGAACCAUUGUCUUUGCCGCAAUGGGACCUCCUCGACCCUGUUCACCAAGCUCAGGCGGAAGCUUACUUGGAGGAGUUUCAGCCCGACUUCUUGGCCAUCGCGUGGCCAUGCACAAAGUGGAGCGUACUACAAACCUUCGGACGACGGACCCCGGAGUACCUUCGGCGUCUUGCUGCCCAACGACAGGAGCAACGACAACUUCUGGCCUGGGUUCAAAAGGUGAUCCUGCGACACCGUGCACGUGGCGGCGCCAUCUUGGGCGAGAACCCCUGGAACAGUGCUGCAUGGCGCGAACCGCUCGUCAUCGACACUUACGAGGGCUUGCCGGAAGGCAAAACUGAGAUGUGUGCGUUUGGCCUUCGCCGACCUGACGACGAAUUCCGUCCCGGCCCUGGCCUUUACCUUCGCAAGCCCACAAGACUGCGUGCUCAGCAAGAAAUUCUGACUGCGGCCUGUCGACUUUGCCCAGGCAACCACCAACACGCUCCUUCCUGGGGGGGGGUCAAAGUCAAAGGUCGAUGGUGUUCCGUGGCGGAGUUUGCGGGAGGCUACACUCGCAAGUUUGCUGAGGCGGUCGUUCGAGGUGCGGAAAACUACCUGGCCGGCAAACCUCGCAUAGGCAGCUUCUAUGUCUCCCCCAUGGUGCCGGAGGAAGCGUUCAUGAAUACUGACGUGGACGUCUAUGACAUGGUCUUGCAGGAGGACGAGGCCAACCAGGAUGCCGAGCACGCAGCUGUGGCAGACGGCGAGAGGGAGAUGCUUGAGUUUCCGGACGUUGCGGAGGCCGUCGAGGACUUGGACCUCCCACACAUGGACAUUCAGGCGGAGGAUGCAGCGCGUGGCAUUGUGGAGAUGCGCAAGUUGGACGGGAGGGGCAAGAUGGCUCGAUUGCACCUGAUCCAUCGGAGACUUGGGCACCCCACCAACGAGGCCUUGGUCCGCAUGUUGGAGGUCGGUGGAGCAAACCAGGAUUUGCUGAAGCUGGCCUCGACUCUGAAAUGUCCUACGUGUGAGCUUUCAGCACCUCCUAAGAAGCCUCUACCUGCUCGACCGGAAGCUCGGCCCAUCUGCUUUAACUCCGUCAUCCACGUGGACCUGAAGUACCAGCAUGACUUUAAGAAGGAGAUCUACGUGGCACUUUCGAUAGUUGACGGCGCGACCUCCUUUCACUGUGCAAAGCUGCUCAGGACUCGAGACCCAGCUCACGUUGCCAAGAAGUUCCUCAACGCAUGGAUAGCAGUGUUUGGCAUUCCUACAACGGUUCUUUUGGACCAAGGAGGAGAGUUUGAGACUGAGUUCAUUGCGGUCCUGGAGUCGCACUCCAUUGCUUCGAGAGUGACAGGCUCUUAUGCAGCCUGGCAAAACGGACUGGCGGAGAGGCAUGGAGCUCUUCUUGGCACGGCUUGGACAGCGGUGAUAGAGGAAAUGCAAGUUGUUGGCAGACAGGCUAUGAAAUCCGCCCUCUCCUGCGCCAUACAAGCCAAGAACGCUACGAUUAGCCGCCAGGGACAUUCUGCACACUUUCUUGUGUUUGGGCGCCAAGCUUUCUUUCCGGAGCUUCUCGACGAAGAAAUAUGGGGUUCUGCAUCUCUAGGCCAUGCUCUGAGUGUGGAAGGUGAAGUCGCGCGACUUUCAGAACAGAGGGCGGCUGCCAAGGUAGCGCUACUUCGUGGAGAUGUGCAAGAAAAACUUCGUAAGGCCCUCCGCCGAGCUCCUGGUGGCCAGGCCCGUGCCUAUGAACCUGGGGAACUUGUGUACUUUUGGUCGCCAACGGGGUCAAAGCCUGGGGUGAGAUAUCGUCGAGAUGCUGGAGCUUGGAGGGGACCAGCUGUCGUCUUGGUUCCUGAUGGCGCAAGUCGAUACUUUGUGUCAUGGAGAGGAAGAUGUCUCUUGGUUGCUGCGGCCAACCUCAAAGGAGCAUCGCUGGAAGAAUCCCAGGAUCAUGACUUGCGACUUCGAGAAGCUGAGACAGACCUUGCGAAGGGCUAUGUUGACCUCUCGCAGGAUCCCCCCCCUCCUGGUGAACCAGAAGCUUCUCUUGAACCUGUGGCGCCCGGCCUUGUUGUAAGGAGGCGUUGCACUGGCUUUGGCAGAAGAAUGUCCGAAGCAAGAAAGAUGAUGCAGGGCCUUAAAUCUGUCAAGCGGGUCUUGCAGGGUCCCUUGGACAAGAAGGUGCGACGACGACUCCCUGGUCAGCGAAGCCGGAAACCUCGUGUGGAACCAGCUCCUCUUCCUGGACUACCUGUGCCUGAAGGUGAAGCCCAACUGCCCGGGGAGGGUGCUGAAGAAGAGCUUCCAGAGGAUGUCAAGGAUUACUCGCCUGACUAUCCUCCUGACCAAGUGUGGGAAGAUGCACCUCCUGCUGUGCUGGUUUCUCCGGAAGACCUUGUGCCGGAUGCUGCCUUUCCCUUGCCUCAUGAUCCACGACCUCGACGUGAACGCCUUCUGGACGACCUUCCUUUGCAGUUUCGGAAGAGGGGACCGGAGCAUCUGGAUGACUUGGACGACGUGGCUCUCAAGAAAGUCAAGACCACGGAGUUCGCGAACUACGUCUUCACAGCCGUCUCAGAUGCCGACCUCUUCAAGACGGAGGAGAAGGGGAACGAGUGGCUCCCUCGAGAUGAAGUUCGGGAAUUGGCAGGACUUCUGGACCUUCCUUUGACUUCAGCUAGACUUCAUCGAGCUCCCCGCAAGCGCCUUCAAAAUCCUGGACCUCGAAACCGCAAGCCGAGGAUCACUUUGAUGUUGGGCAAGGAGCAUGGCCAUGCAAUGGUGGCAAGGGAGUCUGCGGAAGAGGUCAGCCAAAGGCCACGAAGAAAGUGCCCCCACUUGUGGAGGGGUAUGACUCUGUUCCUCAAGAAAGGCAAGAAGACUUCUGCAAGCGCGCCGCUCAGGCCGAGACGAUACAACCCCGACUGCGUCUAUGUGGCAAAGGAGGAUGGCAUCUAUGAAGUCAAGGCGGAUGUCACCUACAUCCAGGCGGCCUUUCACGACCUUUCGGAGGACUCUUUGACAAAGGAGGCCUUCCUGCUGAAGAUGAAAGCCAACGGCAAGGAGUUGGACCCCCAGUUCUUCUCAAAGGACGAAGCCCAAGCCUUCGAAGAGUCGGACGAGAAGGAGUGGCAAGCCUGGGUUCAUAACAAGGUGGUGUCUCGCUUGUCUUCGGAAGAAGCAAAAAAGGUCCCUCGAGAUCGAAUCUUCCGAGUGCCCGCUCGUAUUGUGAGGGUGAACAAGAUGAUGGCCGGAAAAAAGGGGUUGAAGGCUAAGAGUCGCAUUGUCUUGCCUGGACACUUGGACCCAGAUUUGGGUUCUGUGAGGACGGAUGCCCCAACUACACAGUUGACAUCCGUCAGGCUUGCCAUGAUCCUAAGUCUGUCAAGGACUUGGGAAUGCUGGCUCUUCGACGUGAGCACGGCCUUCCUUUCCGGCAAGAACGUCUCUCGAGACCUCUACGUCAGACCUCCUCGGGACCUAAAGGGGGUCAGCGCAGGAGAACUCUGGAAAAUCCUGAAGUCAGCAUAUGGUCUUUCGGAAGCUCCGAGGCUUUGGUACCAGAAGGCCAAGGAGGACCUGAAGACGUGUGGCUUCACGGAGCUUGACUUUGCGCCGGCUACUUUUGUCAAGCUGAAGAAGAGGCGAGGGAUUCUUGUGGUUGUGGCUAUUCUUUGCCUUCACGUCGACGACGGCUUCUUGACGGCGGAGCCCGGACCGGAAGUGAAGGAGACUCGGGAGAUGAUCAACAAGCUUUUCUCCAUCAAGGAAUGGAUAGAGGUGAAGGACACACCUGUUGGAUAUCUGGGAAUGCAGAUCUACAAGAGGAACGGCUGUUUCUUCAACGACAUGACUGAAUAUGUCUUGGCCCUCAAGGAAGCCUCCCUCCCUGGCAAGGACGGUGACGCUCCUCUGGACGCUGGUGGUCUUAAGGAGUUCAGGCGCCUGAUAGCUCAGCUUCGUUGGCCGAUUCACUUGGUGUCUCCGGAGCUGCUCUUUCGUGUGAGUGCCCUUGCUCAACGAGUGGCUCAAGCGAAGGUGAGUGACCUGGGGGCGGCGAACACUCUCUUGAAGGACCUCCAGACAGCUGCUCGAGCUGGACGGACUGUGGUGAAGUUGCAGGCCACGACGGAGAGACCAGUAUUGGUCAGCUACUUCGACGCUUCCUUGGGCAAGACGAAUGAAACAGCAGCUCAACGAGGUGAAGUCCACUUCGUGGCAGACCCCGCCGUACUGUCUGGGUCGGGAAGAGCUAGCAUCCUCGAGUUUCACUCGAACAGGGUGUCUAGAGUGGUGAGAAGUUCCAUGGCCGCGGAGAGUUGUUCUAUGGCUUCAGCUUCCGACCGCCUGGUGUACAACCUGAAGCUCUUGGACGCCCUGGCCUACGGCAAGGUCGAGGUGACGGCGAACUGGCGCAGCGAGCUGGUGACCCGGGGGCAUCUUGUGACAGAUGCCAAAAGCUUGUUCGAUCAUGUUCAUGGAUCCAGCCUCCUGGCGACGGAAAGACAGACUUCAUUGGAUAUCCUGGCAGUUCGCCAACUCGUGCAAGAAGAUCUUCUGAGCUUGCAUUGGGUGCCGACUUGGCGCCAAUACGCCGAUGUCUUGACAAAGGACAUGUUCGAUGAGUUGUUUCAGAAGCUGAGAGAGAAGGGAUGCUUAAACGUUGUCCAAACACUUGAAGAUCAAGUGGAAGAGGAGCGAAGGUCAAGUUUGCGCAAAGCGCAAAGAGAACGUCGAAAGUACAGACUGAGGAGCAAUGACAUGGUGUUUCUCCGCAGCAUCGAUGCUCUGCACGCGCAGCAAAACGCGCCCUGGCCUCACGAGGCGAAGGGUUUGGCUGCGCAGAAGUCAUGGGACGUGUCGGAAUUCCUUGAGACCCCUCACUCUGACGCCGACGGCUCGAGUCGGGGGCGUCCAGUCUCACAGAAGAGCUGCUCCACCCGCUUUCGUGCUCACUUGGAGUUGGAGAUUGAGCCAGCUAUCCCAAUAUCCCAAAUGUCGCCCGUCGCCUCAAAGCCUGUCAAACCCACACCAAAGCUGCAGCUGGUGACGGGCGGCACCUUCUUAAGCAUGGGUCUGGGCACCAUGCUGCUGCCGUCUCUCGUCAUGGACACGUGCUUCAAUCCCACUUACUUCAAUGGCACACUUGGCGAACGAGUGCUGGUCAGUUGCUUUGGCGCUCAGGCCACACUACAAGGCAUCCUCCUGCUUUCAUGCCGAUUCUGUAAGCAAACGUGGGUGUACUGGGGCCUCGGCAUUUUGCCCUUCGUUGCAUUUGAUGUGUACGCCUGCCCCUGGGGCCCUUUGCCGGUGCUGACCUGGCUUGGAGCUGCCGGCGAUGGUAUUGGCAACGCAAUAUUCCUGGCAGCUUGCUAUCUAGGCUACCACUGGAUCGAAGAUGACGACUGA